GAGUGGCCAUCCAGUCCCGUCCCCCGCCCGGCUCUGCUGGGCAAGGGAUGGGCGACUGAACCUGGCCCUUCGCCUGCCGCCGGCAGCUGCGGGAGAUGCCACCGUGAGCCUUUCCUGGCACGCCCUUCUACCAAGGCCUGUGUCCGCGAGCCCCUGAGUUUCGUUCCGCCUUCCUGAUUGCUCCUUCCACUUUGCUCCUGAGCUCAUAGAUUUUGAGUGGAAGCUGGGUAUGGCUGUGAGCUCCGACAGUUGCAGAUCUCUUAAGUAUCCUUAUGUUGCAGUGAUGCUCAAAGUGGCAGAUCAUUCAGGCCAAGUGAAGAACAAGUCCUUUGAAAUGACAAUCCCACAGUUUCAGAAUUUCUACAGACAAUUCAAGGAAAUUGCUGCAAUUAUUGAAACUGUGUGAAAACUGAUUCUAAACCGAAAAUAAUCUAAAAUCACGGACUUCACUUUCUGCAACAAAGCUGCUUAAGGAUUAAAUGAUAUUUAUUGAAUGAAAAUUAUACUUUUGGUUUUCCACUUUUUAAAAUAAUAAUAAAAAAAAUCAGACAAACAGGAA